AGUUGUUAAAGUUUUUAAAGCGCAGCAGCAGCAGCAGCUCCUGGGGAAAAGGCAACGAGUUGGAGGGAGCCUGGCCAAGCAGAGGAUCGCGCUGAGCUGAACUCAGCUGGGGUUACAAGCUCAAGGCAAGAAUUCUGACGCUCGCAAGAGACCGGAUUUACCUCCCUGGCCCCGCUCGCCCUACAAUGCGGACUUUCCCCCUCCAGGUCAGGACUGGAGUUUUAAAAUAAAAUGGAUGAUCUGACGUUACUUGAUCUUCUGGAGUGCCCCGUGUGCUUUGAAAAGCUCGAUGUCACAGCCAAAGUCCUCCCGUGCCAGCACACCUUCUGCAAACCAUGUCUCCAGAGGAUUUUCAAGGCCCACAAGGAGCUGAGGUGCCCCGAAUGCCGGACCCUGGUGUUUUGCAGCAUCGAGGCACUGCCAGCCAACCUGCUGCUCGUGCGUCUUCUAGAUGGUGUGCGCUCGGGGCAGAGCUUGGGAAGAGGGGGCUCCUUCCGCAGGCCCAGCAUGCUGACCCCGCAGGACAGCAGGAAAAGCAGGACUAACCCCAGAGGUCUGCAGUCCAGCCCUUUCCGCCUGGUGCCUAAUAUCAGAAUCCACAUGGAUGGGGUGCCACGAGCAAAGGCCUUAUGUAACUACCGAGGGCAGAAUCCUGGUGACCUGAAGUUUAAUAAGGGAGAUGUCAUCCUUCUCCGGAGGCAGCUGGAUGAGAAAUGGUACCAGGGGGAGAUCAAUGGAGUCAGUGGGAUCUUCCCAGCCAGCUCCGUGGAAGUCAUCAAGCAGCUGCCCCAGCCACCCCCACUCUGCCGAGCUCUCUACAACUUUGACCUACGAGACAAAGACAGGAGUGAGAACCAGGACUGCCUGACCUUCCUCAAGGACGAUAUCAUCACUGUGAUCAGCCGAGUGGAUGAGAACUGGGCAGAAGGCAAGUUAGGGGAUCAAGUGGGCAUCUUCCCGAUCUUGUUCGUAGAGCCCAACCUCACUGCAAGACACCUCCUAGAGAAGAACAAAGGCCGGCAGUCAGCCCGCACAAAGAGCCUGUCCCUGGUGCCCUCAUCGUCCCGAGGCAAAGCAGCCAACACACCCACCCUGCGAAGGGGUGCUGGGUCCAGGAAGAAGGGGCCUGGGCAGUUCUCCAUCACAACAGCCUUGAACACUCUCAACAGGAUGGUUCAUUCUCCCUCGGGGCGCCAUAUGGUGGAGAUCAGCACCCCAGUGCUCAUCAGCUCCAGCAACCCCUCUGUGAUCACCCAGCACAUGGAGAAAGCAGACCUUCCUCCCAGCUCUGUGGGGCAGGUCAGCGCUUACCACCCUGUACCUGCCUCCCUGGGACAUUCCACGGCCAUCGUCAGUGUGCCUGGCUCCCAGCAACACCUCCCAGCAAACAUGUUUGUAGCCCUGCACUCCUACUCAGCCCAUGGCCCGGACGAGCUGGACCUGCAGAAGGGAGAAGGCAUCAGGGUCCUGGGCAAGUACCCGGACGGCUGGCUCAGGGGCGUCUCCUUGGUCACUGGCAGGGUCGGCAUCUUCCCCAACAACUAUGUCAUCCCCAUUUUCAGAAAGACAUCUAGUUUUCCAGAUUCUCGGAGUCCUGGUCUCUACACCACAUGGACAUUAUCCAACUCCUCUGUGUCCUCCCAAGGCAGCAUUUCAGAAGGUGAUCCCCGGCAGAACCGGCCCUUCAAGUCCGUCUUUGUGCCCACCGCCAUAGUCAGCCCUGUGAGGAGCACGGCCAGCCCGGGGACUGUCGGACAGGGCUCUCUUCGGAAAUCCGGGCGGAGCAGCAUGAGAAAGAGUAAGUGGUGGCAGAGAGAUGGAUCCCUACAGAGACCCGUCCAGUCAGGGAUCCCCGCCCUUGUGGUGGGCUCCCUCAGACGCAAUCCCACCAUGGUCGUACGGCCUCAGCAGUUCCAGUUCUACCAGCCGCAGGGGGUCCCCUCCUCCCCCUCAACAGUGGUGGCAGAAGUGGGACCUAAGCCCACUCCCACUGGGGAGCCUGCCCUCACAUGCGUCAGCAGGGGCAGUGACACCAGGAUCCGCUCCGCAGCCAGUUCCCUCAUCAUGGAAGGCAAGGAGAUCCCCAUCAAGAGUGAGCCUCUACCUAAACCACCUGCGUCUGCCCCACCAUCGAUCCUGGUGAAACCAGAAAACCCAAGAAAUGGCACCGAAAAGCAAGUCAAAACCGUGAGAUUUCAGAACUACAGCCCUCCUCCCACCAAACAGUACACCUCCCACCCCAACGCAGGAAAGCCUGAACAGCCCACCACCCCGAAGGGUUCCCAGCCAGAAGCAGCCCCCUCAGGCCCAGAGAUGAACAUCCUAUUCGCCCACCGAAGCGGCUGCCAUUCCGGACAGCAGACAGACCUCCGAAGGAAGUCAAGUUUGGGCAAGACCGUGACCCCGGUGUCUGCCACUUCGGCCACACAGACCGUGUUUCCCAGCAAAUGAAUCUACGGGUGGCUUUUCCCAGACCCCAAAGAGGAGGACUCAGAGCAAGAACAUCUUCCAGCCUUCCAUGCCGGUAUUUAUCCAAAGUUCAAAGGCAACAGCUUUCAGGGGUAAACACACACAUACAGAUGCAAGCUAAUUAUGCAGAUAGGGUCACUGCUGGAUGGACAAGAGCUACUAAAGACUAAAAGGAUGCUAGCCAAGACCUGGGGAGAAAGGCAAAAGGCAUCUGCAAAAGUCAUUUUGUGAAUCUUCAGUUAAUGCUGUUAGAAUCAGUGCUAGCAUGACUGAUAGACUGGAUGAAGGGCAUUCGUGACAUCAGAGUUUGCUGUAGGUCACAUAUAUUCCGGAGGCCAGAGCCAUCCUUAUGCCCUCCCCAAUGAACACAGCGACUCCCUGGACCACCCAAGAGGACUGUUAGAGCUGGUGGCAUUCAGCAGACCUUCACAAAGAAAGCAAAAGCAAGUUGACAUCUGAAAGUAAGGAGGCAACAAAACCACCUGGAGGACUAAGGAGGAAUUCAAAUCAGUAGCGCCAUCAAAGGGUGGUACCCUCCCCUUCCCCGCUCUCAGCAAUUUGGGAAGAUGUUUUACAUCUCUGUCAAGGAGAGAGCUGGAAAAAACUUCACUCCCUGAAGAGGACAUGUCAGUCAUAGCUCUAGUGAGAUAGCAUCAGCUUCCAUGACAAGGAGCAGAACAGUCGCGCAGAAGGGGCGGCACCGGUUGGAAGGGAAUUUUAGAUAUCAGAACCGUGUUUCCAAAUAUCCUGUUCUGCACAUUCUAUUUAUGAGCUCAAUCCUUUUUUAAGCUUAAGCUCUUUUUAGAUGUUGGCAAUUCUGAGAGCCUAAGGUGUCUUCAUCAUGGAGACCUCCAACAAAGGACUAGACUUUAAAGUUCUGGUCAGCAAGGAUUUGGGGAUAGCUACACCAGCUAGGUACCCAAUCCACUAGAACAUUUUAAGGUAUGGAGAAGUAAUAUAAUAAUAAUAGCUCAGGUAAAGGGUUUUGGAACCAAGUCAUCUGGGUUUCUGUCCCAGCUUUGCCACUCCCUAGUUAUGUUUCCUUUGGCAAAUAACAAAACAAACUUGGAUAAGUUACAACACCUGCCCAAACGUUUUCCCAUCAGUAAAAUGGGUAUCAGAACCUCCACCUCAUCGGGCUCUCGGCAGGAUUAAGUGAAAUCAUGCAUGUACAGCUCCGAUUGUUGUAUGGGUACAUCAAAGAGUUCAAUAAAUGGUAGUUAUUACCAAUAAACGGGUGUGGAGGCACAAUUCAAAACCGGAGAGUACUGUAAAAACGCAGCUCUGUCAUACAAACAGAAAUGAGAAGGGGAGAGAGCAAUGAGGGAGUGUUUCCAUUGUCAGGGGGCUUCAGGGAGGAGAAACAUGUUCUGAAAGACGUUAACAUGGAAAAACGCUGUUAGCCAUGUGGAGAGAAAGCUCCUGGGCUCUGGGAUCACAAGUCCCUGGGUUCAAAUCCUGGUCUUCUUGGCUCUCUGACCUUGGACCAACUACCCUCUGUGAGACUUUCUUGACUCCUCUGAAGAGUGGCAACAACACCUCAGCCCUUCAUAGGGUCAGAGGAACGUGAAGGGAGCAGGGAGGCCAGAUCUGGUGUGCACAAGGAGUCUAGAAGUGUUGGUUCCGGAGAAGUCUGCGGGUGUGACAGAGGCUCGAAGGCAGGUGAGCUGCGGAGCCGCGGAGUAGAACAGACACUUACUCACUGCCAUUCGUCAGCCGCGUGCUCCAUGCAGAUACGGCGCUAACUAAUUUACGGGGAGGGAAGAGCGCAGCCAGCCAGGCAGCCCAAGUUCGAAUCCAGGUUCUAGGUUUCUUCCCUGUGCCACUGUGGGCAAGUCAUUUAUCUCCCCAGCCUUUUAGUCCUCUGGCUUGUAAGAUGCAGGUAGUAGUCGUGGUUCUUGGAGUGGUGCGGUGGGGAGGAAACGAGGGAAUGAACGUACAGUCGUGAGCACCGGGCCCGGCCCAUAGAAAACGCUCUGUGGCAUCAGCUACCAUGAUGACUCACAGGCGUGUUUCCCGGGGAUUCCUCACAACAAUUCCAUGAGUUAAGUGUUAGGACCCCCAAGUUACUAGAUCGAACAACUGAGGCUCAGAGGACACCUCGCUCAUCUAAGGUCAUGGUACACAAGCACUGGGGCUGGCUCUGUAAGACUAGAAGUCUCAGAUUUUGUUCUCUGGGAAGCGGCCACGGUUGAGGUACUAAUGACCGUUAUUUUCAAUGUAUCGAUUAUCCUAAUGCCCAUGAGUCUUUCCUCUUCCGAUUGCCCCCACCUCGUCCCCUCCCUCACCUGUUGGAGGCGUGAGGGGCAGGCUUGUCGGUGUGCCGGAGCCCAGCUGCUGAGCACACGGGUGCGGCGUCUUUGGGGACUUGCAACUUCUCAAGGCUGAUGGUGCUGACAAGUCCAUUCUGCCUUUCAGAUAGGACUGACACAGACAUGCUUCCAGCUGGCCGGGAUUUCAAUGAAAAUCCCUCCUCCUAGGUGCCAGGUAAUAGAAUUACAUGCCCCUGGCACACUUUGUAAUUCAGAAAAUGCAUGUGCCGAUGAGUCCCUCUCCCGCUGGACACGUCCUGAUGACCAAGGGGCUUCAGGCCAGCCUCCUAGCUCUUACCCUGCCCCCAUUUAAAGUCACAGAAUAUUUUCCUCCUGGGUAGACAUCAGUGUCACCUCACUCAUUUAUCCCUUCAUUUCCACCCAACAAACAGCUUGAGCACCAAGCGUGUGACAAAACCUUCCAUACCAUAGACCUGGGAUACAGCAGUGAACUGCGCAAGGACAGUUCCUCCCUUCGUAAAGGGGAGUAAAUGGUCAACACACACGCAGGAUGGCUUCCAUAUGACAGGUGUUAGAAAGGAAGCAAAGCAACCAGACAAGGAAUGGCUGAGGGGGACGAGCCACAUUAGGGAGAGUGAGCAGGAACGGUUUCUCCAAGGAGGUGGCAUGUGCAGUGAGACUGAAGAUCGAGAAGGAACCAGACAGGCAAUGUCACAGGCAAACAGAAACAAGCUCAGAUGUCAAGGAGAUUCGUUCAUUUACCCAACAUUUUUGAUCAUACGAUAAAUAUGUGUUGAACCAACAAUUGAAUAGGUUCAUCCUCUUUGUUCCUGCCAAAAAGGGCCCUUGCACAGGGAGGAGGAGCUCUGGGGAGAUGCCACAUGCAUAGAGGCAGAUGACUGCCUUUUCUCCAGCCCCACUCCCUGUCUGGAAAGCAAGGGGACUGGCCCGCACAGCUCUUUGAGCAAGGACUGUGCAACAAGCAAAAAGCAGUCUGUCAUUUUUUAAAAGCAGUCAGGAUGUCUGUCUGGAAUUGUGUCAAGGUAUGUCAGCUGCUUAAUUAUCAUUAGGAUAUACGGACUGAAUUUCCAUGUGCACUCACUCACUCACUCUGAGAACACUGUUGCUUGGGAGCCUCCUGCCUCCCUCCCUCCUCCCCACCUCCAGCCCCAAGCUUUCUCUGGCAGAGAAGAGUCCAGGCUACAGAACUGACACACUUUUAGCACAGGGGUGACUCAGUAUGUGACUUUGAGCAAGUCACUUCACUUCUCUGAGUCUCAGUUAUCUCAUCCACAUAAUGGGGAGAAUAAGAGAGCAUCUCACAGCAACCAUCUAAAGUGGUUUUCUUUUUUUAAUUUUUUAAGAUUUAUUUGACGAAGUA